AUGACGCACACAAAUGGAUCCGGCAACGCGGGCGCCCGCCAAGUGAUCCAGGCGCCGCUGCCCAACCCCUCCCUCCAGGCGACCGCGGACCACAACCUCAAGACCGCCGACGCGCCCGUGUACGCCCCGGGCCCCGGCGAGGUGCUGCUGCACGUCAAGGCGACGGGGAUCUGCGGCUCGGACGUGCACUUCUGGAAGACGGGCUGCAUCGGCCCGCUCGUGUUUGAGGGCGACUGCAUCCUCGGCCACGAGGCCGCCGGCGUCGUCGUCAGGUGCGGCGAGGGCGUGACGGACCUCAAGCCCGGGGAUCGGGUCGCCGUCGAGCCCGGCGUGCCGUGCGAGAAGUGCUUCCUGUGCAAGCUGGGCAAGUACAACCUGUGUGAGGACGUUGCGUUCGCGGGUGUGUAUCCGUACCAUGGGACGUUGCAGCGGUAUAAGGUGCACCCUGCUAGGUGGCUGCACAAGCUACCAGACAACAUGAGCUUCCAAGACGGCGCACUGCUCGAGCCCCUGAGCGUCAUCCUGGCUGGUCUUCGUGUGGCCGAGCUGACCCUUGGUCGCGGUGCUGUUAUCUGCGGCGCAGGCCCAAUCGGACUCACUGCCCUCCUCGCGGCACGAGCGUCAGGGGCUCACCCACUCGUCGUCACAGACAUCGAGCCAAAGCGCCUCGCAUUUGCCAAGGAGCUCGUGCCGACCUGUCUCACCUACCAGAUCGACCCGUCCCUGGACGCCCGUGGCAACGCGAGGGGCAUCAGGAAGCUGUUUGGUGCUCGGGGCGGCGAGGGCGAGGAAGGGGAUGAGUACUUUGCGCCGCCGUGCGUGAUCGAGUGCACUGGUGUUGAGUCGAGUGUCUGCACGGCGGCUUUCACUGUGAGGAGGGGUGGUCGGGUCGUCGUGGUCGGUGUUGGCAAGAGUAUCAUGAACAAUCUGCCGUUCAUGCAUCUGUCCUUGUCUGAGAUCGAUCUGAGAUUCAUCAACAGGUACACAGACACCUGGCCGGCGGGAAUCUCGUGCAUAAGCGGUGGUAUUAUCGACUUGAAAAAGCUAGUCACUCAUGUCUACCCUCUCGAGAAAGCUGAGGAGGGCCUGACGCUGUCUUCGGAUCCUCGGAACGGUAGUAUCAAAGUCCACAUCGUAGACGACUCAGAAACUGUUUUCUUUUAA